AUGGAGUGCCUUACCAAGGGUCCAGAAAGCUACAGAGGAAUUCUCAGCUUUUCUGUCCUUGGAAACAAGUGUGACUACUGGAAGGAUUACUUCUCAGAUGACGAUUAUUUGAACUUUGGUUUCGGAGGAACUGUCCACAAUGCCAGGAACUAUUGCAGAGGUUUCCCGAGACCCUACAAUAAUUCCGAGAUUUCCAACAAUGAUGACCGCCCUUGGUGCUACGUCAAUGGAGUCGUGGAAAGUUGCGGAGUAAACACCUGUCUCGCCCUUCCUCUGCGAAUAUACUUCCAAGUUGACACCUGCAUCCCGCCCUGGAACACUGAUGGCACGGACUACCAAGGAUACCUGGACUUCGUCAUGACAAACAGGGGCAAUCGCUUAUCAUGUGACCCCUGGUACUCACAAGGCGAUUUCUCAAUGAGCGGCGCAUGUCCAAUGGCCUGGGUACAACUCUUCCCUUCCAGAAACUCGUCCCACAACUACUGCAGAAAUCCCGACCGCAGGUACGAACUGGCGCCGUAA